GUUACCUUCCUGGAGCCGUCAACAGCAAGUACGUGCGAUAUCAAGCGACUAAACGUCUACUGAACUCUCAACAGUUGAUACGUUCAAAAAUGAAAUCUACUUUCUAUGUCACUGUUUUAGUGCUUUCCUGGAUAACCUCAUUGGCUUUUGCUCAAAAACCAACACCACCAAAUGGAGAAGGACCCCAAGUAUGUGGAGAGAAAGGAGAGCCCGGACCACAAGGACAGCGCGGAUUUAGAGGAUCACCCGGACAGAAUGGGCAAAAUGGACAGAAUGGACAUAAUGGUCCGCAAGGUGCAAAAGGCGACAGAGGUGGGAGAGGAGACACAGGUCAGUCAGGAAACGACAUACCGUUAUCCACACUUCAACGAAUCAUAAACUGGAAGCAAUGUGUCACACCUGAGGGUUCAGAAAUACGAAAUGGACCAUUAAUUAAUUGUCCAUUCAAUAAAAGGCAUAAUGAAACAGCACUACAUGUAGAAUUUGGAGGAACGUUACGAACAAUGCUCAACACCAUUAACACUAAGGUGACAAAACAACAAGUUGUCUGUGCUCGAUGGUACUUCACAUUUGAUGGAGAAGAAUGUAAACCACCGAUUGAUGGCGUUGUGUAUGAGGGUCAGAAAGGGAAUUCACAUUAUCCACAUCAAAUCGGUGGUUUUUGCCAACGAACGAAUUCGAAUGACUGCAAAGAUACAAUCACAAGUGGCAAUGUUGAUAUUUCAUUUAACAUUGGGGACUGUAACAAUAGACCAAGAGGCGUCCCGUAUCUUGGCUUGGAUUCUGUUUCACGAAUCAUAAUCAGUGAAAUGCCACCACCUCAGGAUUAAAGUCGGCUGUGAACUCUUGUUCAAGUGAAGACUUUCUUCAGCAAAAGCGUAGCUGAUAUAUAUUAUUAUGUCUAGCUGUAUGCCAUUUUGUUGUUAGACAUUCAUUACACUAAGGACUCCAACAAUACUUGUUGCUGAUUACUCAGAUAAGCAAAGGCUGUUGCGCAAAUAGAAAACCAGUUAAAU